AUGCGCAUCCACGGCAAUGUGGAGCUGAAACUCGAGAGCACCGAGUGGACUUGGGCUCGACAACUCUUCAAGCAGAUCAUGCGCAGGAAAACAUCAGUUGACUACCGAACCGCCCAAGCUCGACCUUGCCAGAAUAUGCGCCUGAGAUCCCUUCGUCUUUCCUCGGCACCAAAACAAACCCAUCUCCGCAGCCCUUGCCCUCCGAAGGGCACGGCCGCCCUGAGCCCUGGGGGAGGUCCUCGCCUCCCCCCCGCAGCGGACGGGGUAAUGCCAGCAGGGCCAGAUUACCCAAAGAAAUCUCCCUGUGCCCAGCAACAGGAGCCACCCUGCACCCCGUGCCCUCCCCUGCCCCCCGGCCCAGCUCGCCAGGGCAUCCCAGGGACCCGAAACCGCCGCACGAGAGCUAGACAAAAGGCAUCGCGGCCUACGGGGCGUCAGCGCCUCCUCCGGGCCCUGCCUCGCCCUCCCGCCCUGGCCGCCCCCGCGCCCGUGCCCCUCCAAGGCCCUGUCACCCGCUGA